AUGUGCCAGGAGCAAGGAGCACAGCGCAGACUUUCAGUGUCAUCUCCCAGCAGCUGGGAAAUAAGACCCCUACUGAGGUUUCCCAUCGUUUUCGAGAACUCAUGCAGCUCUUCCACACAGCCUGGGAGGCCAGCUCUGAGGACGAGGACGACGCGACCAGUACCAGCAAUACAGACCAGCUGUCUGACCAUGGGGACCUUCUGUCUGAGGAAGAGUUGGAUGAGUGA